AGCUCAAGGAGCCGGAAAGCAUCGGGCUUUUCCUAAUCAGCCAAACUAAGGACUGAGGCGGAAAGUCAGCACAACUGGGCUCCUCCAACCCGAGAAACCCGCUCAGUCUCGGCUGGAGAUCUGUUUGGCCAGGAAAAAGAGCAGGCGACCCGAAAGGUGCAGUUUGAUAGAUUGGAAACAUGGAGCCGAUCGUCUCUGAUUUAUUAAAGGAAUGUAUUAACGGGAUUUUAUAUUGCACUCCCGCUCUUUCCCCGGGGAAGCGACAUUUGGAAGGCUCCCUUGCGGCUGGCCAGUACACUUGACGGAAAUGAACUAUAUGUCCUGUCUUGCUUCUGGGGAAGCAGAACAUUUUUGUUGUAUUAUUCAAUCAUGUGAUUCAAGCUUUGUAAAAAAUCAUCUUGGAACAGAAUCAUCCAGCCAACUUGGAAAGUUUUUAUUAAAUGAAUCAACAGACAAAUCAGAUAUGCAUCCCUCAGAAAGUGAAGAGGUUGAAUCGCUGAAGGAAAACUGGGUCUCAUACAACAGAUUUAUGAAUAAACAUCAGAGCAGGAUGAGAGAAAUCUUGCCGUCCCUUAAGGAGAAACCCCAGGAUAGCGCCUUGGAAGAAAGCCUGAACACAAGUGAAACAAAAUGGUCAUGGGAAGAUGCUAUGAAAGAUAAAGUUGCUUUUCAGGAAAUGCUUCAUGAGGCAGAGCUGGCAGUUAAGUCGGCAGAAAUGUUUUUGCCAUCGUUUAAAGAAAGUCUUCUUAGAAUUACAAAAGCUUGUUGUAUUUCUGCUUCUGAUGAAAUAACAAUUUCUAUGCAAGAGGACUUACUGAUAAAGGAGCUAGCAGUUAUCAAAAAAAUGAAGGAAUUGUUAAGCUGGCUAUUAAGAUCAAGAAAGGAAAAAGAAAUUAUCGAUAAAGAGACAAAAGAUUUGGGUCAGACUUUAUCAGAAAGUGAAAUGGAUGUUGAAAGCCUCAGAAAUGAAGUGAUUCAACAAGAGAAGCAUAUUUUAGAGCUUUCAGUUGAGCUUCAGCAAGAAAAAGCUAAUGUACAAAAAACAUACCGCCAUUCUGAAGCAAUACAAACAGUACAAACUCAUCUUCAAUCUCAGGUAGAGAAAAAAGAAGAAGAAAAUAAUCAACUAAGAACAAAAUUUCAGACAAUGGAGAGAAAUAUUGCUGAAUGGAAGAGACAAGUUGGUGAAUAUAAGCAGAAAAUUUUGGCUGAAAAGAAAAGAAAAGUGGAACGGAGGAACGCCCUGAAAAGAGCAGCUGUUGUUCAGAAACAAAGAGCUGAACAGAUGAAAAUGGUUGUCGAAAACUUAUUUUCAAAAAUGAAGGAGAAGGAAAUCCAGUUGUCUGAAGCAUUUGCAGCUUCUAAUAUCUGGAAAAGUCAUCACGAGAUCAUAAUAGAGGAAAAAAUCAAGUUAGAGGUCCAGGUUGAAACUCUAAAAAAGCAGACAACAGACCUUGUAAUGGAUCAAAACAGAAUAGAAGAGGAUGAAAGAAAGUCAACGAACAAGAUUAUCCAAAAGAUUAAUUUUGUUGCUUCUGAAAAUAAAAAGAUUUCUACAGAAAAUUCAAGGCUAAAGGCAUCCCUAGCCGAUUUGGAAGCAAAUUUUAUUACUGCAGAAGCUGAACUUGAAAAUUUACAUGAACAAGUAUACCAGCAAGAAGAACUAGUUGAACAGUAUAAAACUGAGGUGGCAAAAUUAGAAGUAGAAGCUGAGGAACUGAGAACAAGAUAUGAAAAGGUCAUGCAUGACAGCAGAACUAUAACAGAAGGCAGAGAUGUAGAAAGGGAUGCGAUGAAGAGCCAAACGGAGGCUCGCCAGAAGGAGGUAGAAUAUGCCCGUGGCUUACAGAAAGCAGCGGAAGAGAAACUGCAGAAGGAUCAGGAAAGACUACUCUCCUGCCAAAAGAGCUGCGUAGAAAAAUCCAAAACCAUUAGGGAGCUGCAGGCUCAGAUAAACCAUAGUGAUGAAUUUUUGAAACAGCUUUCUUUGGAGGAAGAAAAUUACAACAUCCAGCUAAAAUAUGAGGAAGUUAAAAGGAAGCUAGAAGAAAUUGAAUUGCAAAACGCAGAACUGGAAAAUCAGUUGGUGAAUCAAGAAGAGAGCCUUCAGAAAACCGAACUGCAGUUUAAACAGAAACUUACAGAAUAUGAUGGUUUGGCAAGACAGCUAGAAGCUGCUUUGGAAGAUGGAAGGAAACAGUUAACAGAGGAACUAGGAAAAAUUAAUUCUAAGGAGCAAUCUUUUCAAUUGAAAAUAUUGGAUUUAGAAAAUGAAUUAAGAGAGAAGAAAAAAGAAAAGAAAGAGCUAUCCAAAAGACUGGACAAUCGAGAUAAACGUCAUGAACUGUCUUUAAAGGAACUAGAACACAGUCUUCAAAGAUCAGAAAAUCAAAACCAAAGUAUCCAAAACUAUGUGAAGUUUUUGAAAGCCUCUUAUGUAACAAUGUUUGGCUAAAUUUCCUUGGUUGUUUUUUUUCACAAACUAACUAAAGCAUAUUUUGGAACAGA